UCGGCUCCCAUGUUCCUAUCGCCAUCUCGGCUGAAGCUUCGAAUUGGUUUUUCUUUUCCGGUUGAAAUAUUUGCAAUCGGGUGUUCCCAGCCUAAUCCUAUUUAGCGUCCCGUCCCUUCCUCCACUCAAAUCCGAUUCAUGUCUGGGUUUUUUUUGGGGGGGGGGGGGGUGUCUGCCGUUGGCGGCUACCCGAGUUCGAAACGGCGGCUGCUGUUUCGGUUGCCUUUUAACUGGAUUAUUGUGGUGUUUGAAUACGUGCUUGGCUGUUCUAUGACGAACUGAGGGGGUUUUGGGCGGCCACAGGCGUGUGGAGCGUAACAAAAUGCCAGCUUUCCGAUGUCUGUCCUAUGCUCUUCUUUCCCAAACACCGUUUCAAGCAUUUUUCCCUCGAUUUCUUUGCUUGUUUGCAUUACUCUGCAAAUACCAUUUUUUUUUUUGCUGUUUAUCGAACAGCCUUUACCUGGGCACUCCAUUUUCCUUGAUGUGCACUUGAGGGCCCUUUCGUUCGUGGGAAUCGCCAACAGAUUUCAUCCGAUUUGAUGUUCGCAUCUUCAAUUCUUGACUUUUUCAGCAUUGCAAAAGCUGCUGCCUUCAGCUUUUCCGUUUUCUUAAUUUGGAGGCGGUGUACGGCUCACUGUUUGGGCUAAUUAUUUCCACAGUAUUUAUAUAAUGAGAUAUGCUGGACCAUUCAUGACAUGUCUACUUGUUGCUACUGGUUUAUUUCCUUGGCCUUAGUGGUACAUUAUUCAAUCUGUAGCAAGUGUUAGAACUACAUGGUGCUCUCUUCUGGAAGAGAGAUAGUAUUUGCCAAAGUUGUUACAAUGGAGGUCAAUGGUCAUCACAAACCUCGAAGAGAAUAUAAUGGCCGCGAGUGCAAUGGUGUAAAACCACUCAAUAAUUGUGUUGAUGUCGAUCCAUGGAUGGCAUGGGCAUACAAACCUCGAACGAUCUCGCUCUUGCUCAUGGGAACAUGCUUUUUAAUUUGGGCAAGUGGUGCUCUCGAUCCAGAAAGGAGCUUCUCUGCUGAUCGUAUUUUGUCGGUUAAAAGGGGUGUAUUCGCAAUGAUCGCUGUUUUUUUGGCUUACUCUUGUCUUCAGGCACCUUCAACUGUACUCAUUAGACCACAUCCUGCCAUUUGGAGGCUGGUCCAUGGAAUGGCAGUUGUUUACCUUGUUGCCCUCACUUUUUUGCUUUUCCAGACUCGUGAUGAUGCUAGGCAAUUCAUGAAGUAUCUUCAUCCUGAUCUUGGUGUUGAAUUGCCUGAAAGAUCUUAUGGAACUGACUGUCGCAUAUACGUACCUGAUCAUCCGAAAAGCAGGUUUAACAAUGUUUAUGAGAUCAUUUUUGAUGAGUUUGUUAUUGCUCAUAUCCUUGGUUGGUGGGGUAAGGCUAUAAUGAUACGAAACCAACCACUUUUGUGGGUGUUAUCAAUUGGCUUUGAACUUAUGGAGCUCACUUUUCGUCAUAUGUUGCCAAAUUUUAAUGAGUGUUGGUGGGACAGCAUUAUCCUAGACAUAUUGAUCUGCAAUUGGUUUGGUAUUUGGGCUGGAAUGAAGACUGUGAGAUACUUUGAUGGGAGGACAUAUGAAUGGGUUGGCUUGAGUCACCAACCCAACAUUAUCAGUAAGGUCAAAAGGACACUAGGCCAGUUCACACCAGCACGGUGGGACAAAGAUGAGUGGUACCCUUUACUGGGUCCUUGGAGAUUCAUCCAGGUGCUGAGCCUUUGUAUUGUUUUCAUGGCUGUUGAACUGAACACAUUCUUUCUCAAGUUCUGCCUUUGGAUUCCUCCGCGGAACCCCUUGAUUGUCUAUCGACUAGUUCUUUGGUGGUUGAUUGCGAUACCAACCAUCCGUGAGUACAAUACCUACUUGCAAGACAGGAAACCUUUUAAAAAGGUGGGAUCUUUCUGCUGGCUUUCCCUAGCUAUAUGCAUUGUAGAGCUUCUAAUCUGCAUCAAGUUUGGACAUGGCCUCUUUCCAAAGUCAAUGCCGUCAUGGUUGAUCACAUUCUGGACGGCAGUGACCUUGCUUCUCGUGAUCUUCCUUCUUGUGUGGACUUACAAAAUUUACCGAACAAUGAUAAGGAAAAGGUUAUGAUUUGUGACCAACAUUAUUUAUUUGCCCUUAUUCUUUGCUCCAUUCAGCAUUAUGGUGUACAUAAAUAUUUAUUCAAAUUGUGUACAUGUAGCAGUAGCCAACAUUGGAGAUAUCAAGAGGAUUAUCCAUGAGAAAUUUUAUGCCUUGCCUUCCUAUUCCAUCAGCAAAGUAGGAUAGUCCCCGCUUUUUAUUUUGUAAUGAUGUACGUUGUCGGUCAGCUCUGAAAUGUGGAGUUCCCUUGACGCAAUCUAUGAAAUAAUGGAUGUGGAUCUUUCUUUUCCUGUUCUAUGA